AUGCGGGAGGAUGAGACGGUCGCCGUGGCGGUGGUCGCCAAGCGGCCUAAAGAAUGCGUGGCCAAGCGCGCUUCCGGUCUCCCGCCACCCAUGCCGACAUCGCGCAAGUUUUUUGAAGGCCAAAAAAGCGCCUUCUAUAGUGCUGGCUCCAAGUGGAGGACGUCCGUCCGUCCUCCAUACUAACCUGCGCACUUUGGCCCACACCUCUCGGGCUCGUUCCCGCAUGCCCUCCGGGCCCUCGUUUUUGUUCAUGGACCGUUUGCUGUCGUUAACGCACGUUUCCCUGGAGUUUAAACAAGUCCCUGUGAUUCGGACGCUCUCGAAACACCCACACUCACUUGGUCGUAAAAUCUUGACUCCUCAGGCCCUCAGUUCAUGUGCCGGGAACCCCAGGGUGACAUUUCGAGAGUGGACACACCAGAUUAGCGAUCUGAUGGUAUUCAACGGUACCCUUUCCUCCACUAAUUUUGCUCUAAUUUUGUUUAAACACCCUCGGGGCAUUCUUUUUUCGGGCCGUGUUUUUUGCCGAGGUUCUCGAUUUCUCGCGGAUUAGUACUUGUUUAGACUAAACACAAAUGAAUUGACUUUUUUGUAGAGUUAUGUCUUCGAAUGUGGCCGGAAAGAAGCAUGGCUCAGACUCGGAUCGACCUUCUCUCCUCAACUUCUCCGGCAUCAACUUCAGCGACGCUUCUCCGUUGCUGUUGGUUGCUGCAGUUGCGGCUGCUCAACAGCAACAUCAACGACAACUCCAAAUAAAACAACAGGAACAACAGCAGUUGAAUGAAGAAGAAAAGGCCGACAGGACCAGGACCAGCACUCCCUCCUCAGUGCAGUCACUCAUCUGGCAACGAAGUCCACCUUCUCUCAAGGAAAGCAAUACACUGAUUAGUCCGCAACCUCACAUGCAUAAGGUCAGGAAGUUGAAAUUGUACUCGGUCGAUGAAAAGAUUGAUAUCAUCGAUUAUGCCAAAGUGAUCGGGAAUCGAGCUGCUGGCAGAGAAUUUAAUGUCGCUGAAAGCUCGAUCAGAGAAUGGAGGAAAAAUGAAGAAAGGUUACGGUAAGUAUAAGAAAUUUUAAAUAUUUGAAACUAUUGCAAAUAACUAUUUCAUUAUUUCAGAUCACAAUCAGAGAGGUCAGCGAAUGGAGCUCAGCGAGUUGAAUUACUGUAUCCUCAUGUGAUCAGUUCUUUAGAUGCUAAACUGGUAAGUCAUGUUGUCAUAAUAUAAACUUCGUAAAAAUUUGUUGACUAAUUAGAAAGUAGUAGUAUAGAUGGACUGCUCGUUCUUUUUUCUUUGUUUUUAUUAUGCGGCACACCUGUGUUUCCGAGAGUGAGAAGGCCCUGGGGCAUGAAUAGUUCCCCGGUCCUCUUCCCCUGAUCCGAAAAGGUUUGAGGGCCAUUAAUAGCGCCCCCCCCCCCUUCCCGACGAUCGGUCUCGAUCCCAACGAGGGUGCCUGGCCGUGGCUGUCCUUAAAAUGAUAGAGUGUAAUGUUUUAAUGGCUUGCGCGCUGCGUGGAUAGAGAAUGUUUCCCUUUCGGUUGCUAUCGCCGCCUCGAUCAAUUCCCAGCACUCUCGGAUCUCCCCCGCUUUGUCUUACUUUAAACGAAUUGUGACCAGAUCGAUGCCUCUUUCUGCGCGAUUUAAUUAGAAUCGGCCAUAAAUCCAAAUAAAAGGUCGCAAAUCACAACAAAAGAACAGAGAGUGCCGAGUCGGAUAAUAGAUUGCAAACUAAGAUGUCAAUUCUCUUACUUCAGGUUGAAUUCAUCGACAAAAGCGCUGAUUUGGAUUGGUAUUCUAUCAGAGACAAAGCCCGCGAGCUGUGGCCAAGCAUCGCGAAGAAUGCUGAAGCCGAUGAUGUGGAUAAGGAGAUCAACAUCACCAUGGGAUGGGUGACUCGAUUCAUGGAUCGAAACAAGGACAGGGUCCCUCGAAUCGCACCUCCGGUCAUCGCAACAGCCAACGCUGCGAACGGUCAUAACGCUUCCAUCAGCAUGGUCAGAAAAUCAUCUCCAUUCACAGUAGAAGGGUCUUCACAACCAGAGAAACCAGUCUCCAGUUCAGCCCCUUCUGGCCAGACUAGUCCAGCCUCUUCAAGCAGUCCCAGUCCAGCACUAACAAACCCAACAUCAAGGCGGAAGUGUGCUCAACCACGUCGAGCAACUGAUGCGACCUUAGUUUUGACCCCUGAGAAAGAGAAGGCUGGACCAGAAGAACCGCUAGCCAAACGUCCAAAAAAAGACGAAAAUGAACACAAUGGAGUCCAGGAUCCGAUCCAAGUCUGUUAA